AUGUCGCGCAAACGCCGCAAUACGUCCUCUCCCGAGCCGGAUGAGUCUCCCCCCAUCAAACGCCAAUACAGGAGCGAUUCCGAGGAUGAAGAGGCGGACGAAGUCCCGUAUUUCGACCAGUCUAGCGGCCAGACCGGUGCGUUUCCCGGACUUGGGGAGGACAAGGGUGAAUUAUUCUAUGGGCCUGCGAAUGAUGGAGUCGAUUAUCUGAGGAUGGUGCGGUCGGAAGCGAAGGGCGUCCCUUCUAUUCUAACUGCACAGUUACCGGCCACACAUCUGGAUGAACACGAGGAGACGGAGGAGACGGGACAAGGCGGGUAUUACUACGAUGGCACAUAUACUGCAAUCAACCAAAUUCUCGUGACGGUUGAAGCAAACCCGCGCUUCCCACCUGCUCAAGUCCAAUACUACGACUCACUCCUCGCGCAUUUCAGACUGGUCCGCGCCACGCUAAGAUGCCUACCACCUCUUCCAGCUGUUGAAGCACUUCGUCCCUCACAAUUCAUAUCAUUUCCAGAAAACAAUCGAAAGGUGCGGAAGCAGUGGGAAGAGCACAUGUUGUCUACGGACCCGGAUCCCGUUCAGGUUGCCUGUAUGGAGACAGAUACUGUUGUGGAAUUGGUCAGGUUUCUUUCGGCAAAGCUGGGCAAGAUGCUGGACACGAGGGACCCUGUGAGGAUAACGAGAAUUGGAGCUUGGGUGUGGGCAGUCCUAGGGAAGUGCCGAGAUCUGGGGGAGUUGUCGAGCGAGGAAGUGGGAGACAUUCGAGGUUUGGCGCAGAGGGCGCUUCGGUUACAGGAGAUAGGAGACGAACGGCAUGGGCCGGGCGAGGACGAGGAUCAGGAUGAGGAAGAGGAUGAGGACGAAACCCAGGACAAGAAGGAGGUUCUAAGGGAAAAUGUUGAUACGAAUAAUCCCCCUGAAGAGACGCCGACGCUCAAAAAUGGGGAUGGAAAGGCAGAGCUUGUUGAAAGCAUUGAGGAUUCAAGUCGACAAAAGUGUGACAGGGUGCUCUUGGACAUGAUAGUCACGAUUGUCGGCGAGGUUUACGGCCAGAGGGACUUGCUGGACCUUCGAAGCCAAUGGACUGACUGA